AUGGGCACAAGACCGCGCCACUUCGCCGGAGUCGAGAGCUCGGAGCAGCUGGCCUUCAUCGAUGAGCUGCAGGCGCUCGGGCUAAGUAGCACCAUCAACCUACCCGAGCUCGUGGUGGUAGGUGACCAAAGCGCGGGCAAGAGCUCGGUGCUCCAAGCUAUCACAGAGGUCUCUUUUCCAGUGAAAGACGGGACCUGCACGCGGUUCCCCAUCCAGAUCUCUUUUCGCCAGACUUCCGCUGCGAAGGAAUUGCCGGUCAAAGCCACGAUCGUGCCGGGUCGACAGUCCGAGAAUGAUGGGGCAUUGUUAGCUCGCAUCAGGGACUUUGCAGUCGAGAGGAAGGAACUGACGACGAAUGUCAUAAAAGAGAUUAUUGAGAAGCCAGGAAAGAGGGUGAGUCUGAGCGAUGCGACACUGCGCAUUGAGCGGUCGGGCCCGGACGAGAUGCAUUGGACUAUCAUCGAUCUUCCGGGACUCAUACGGGGCGACAAGAAAAAUCCAAAGGAGCAUGGGUUGAACGGCGCGAAUGGCGACGGGCCGGAAGAUACAUCAAUGCGGAUGAAUGCAGCUGUUGCAUCGGACCUUGCACGCAGAUAUCUAUCGAACAACCGGAACAUUGUCUUGGUUGUCAUUGAUGAUGUGGAUGUGGAGCGCCUCCGGAUCUUCGAACUGAUGGAGGAGAUUCCAGGCCUGGAAAAGCGAUGCAUUGGCGUGCUGAACAAGUGUGAUCGCAAACAAGAGGGAUCGGAUGAAUGGAUGAUCAAGCUCCUUCAGAACGAUCUCUCUACUGUUCCUCGCCUCGAUCAUGGGUGGUUCGGAUUGCGAAGCCGAGUCCCUAACGAAGCUCACAUCACCGAUGCGGAGCGGGACGAACUAGAAAGUGCCGAAUUCAUGAAGAAAGACUGGCAAGAAGUCGCGAAAGACCGUACUGGAAUACAAGCGCUGAUGCAAUAUGUCGACAAAGAACGACGAGCGCAGAUCCAGUCUGGUAUCCCGCACAUUGUGGCGGAGAUUCGUCAGAAGCUUAGGGAAUGCGAAUCUGAUCUGAGCAGCAUGGGUGAAGCUCGAGAUAGCCCGAAAGCCCAGCGGUACUUUGUCCUCCAGUUUUGCAAUGAGAUGCAGCGCAUGGCAGAGGCAACGCUCAGAGGUCAGUAUCAGGUUGUGCCUUCCCAGGAUCCGAGGAUCAUGCUUCGAUACGAAGUGCAAUGUCGCCUGGAUCAAUUCUUCAAGGAUAUGGCGAACACCACAAACAUGCUGCUUCCGUUCUCAAAUUAUGAUGAAGACCUGAAAAACCUAAGCUCUGUCAGUCCAAGGGAAUGGGAAAAACUCGUCAGGGAAGGUCCCGGUCUAUACGCUGAAAUAUACAAGGAAGCUAAGAUCAGCGAAGGCCGCAGUCUUCCCGGCACUGUGCAUCCAGACGUGGAGGAGAAAAUUUUCCGCAAGCAGUCUCUCCAUUGGGAAGGCAUUGCUCGCCGGCUUGUCGAUGAUGUAAAAGACCUGGUUAAGAACUGCCAUGAUGUUCUAAUCCGCAUUGCCAUCCCCAACAGUAAAGUGCGAUUGGAGGUCAGUCGCAUAAUGGGCAAGACGCUGGAAGAGUGGCACAAACAUGCAGACACAGCUCUUUCCGAGCUAUUGGAGGAUAAUCAAGCCAGACCGCUAAUAACUCGUAACCCACUGUUUAUGGCAGAAACGACCAUUGCGGAUCAGAAUCGAGGCAACAUUCUUCUCCGGAAAAGGUCAUCCAAAGGAUCAUCCACAGACCAUGAUCAGAAUGGCGAUGUCAACGGCAAUCUCGAGGUUAAUGACGACGGUCCUCGCUUUGUCUCCACGAUUCUCAGCCAGAUGUUCUUUGUCCGUGCUAGGCUACAGUCGUACUAUGGGAUUGCGUUGCAUCGCUUUAUUGACAAUGUAGCGAUGCAGGUGGUGGAGCGACAUAUACUGGGACCAAGAUGUCCAAUGCUCUCCCUGUCCGUCGAGACCUUUGCUAGGUUAGAUGACGAAGAGCUGGAUGCUAUAGCCGGAGAAGAUCAAUCCGAUGUGAGAAUGCGAACCAGGCUCGAGAGGCUGCAGUCUCGGUAUACCAAAGCGCUCGAGAAGUGGGAGAGGUUGAGGAUGCUUUAG